CCAGCGACUGGAGCCGGGCCUUCGCCGCCAGAGGCCGGCGAGUGCUGUCUUCUUGAGCCGGCAGCCGGGCAAGGGGCCGUGGGAGGGAGCGGUGGCCUGCGCUGUGGCCAUGUCUGUGUCUGCAGGGGGCCGUGGUCCCGCGAACCUGAACCAUCAGUCCGGGCCCGGCCGGACACCCGUGACCUCCCGGGGGUCCGGCAGAGGGCAGUGACCGGCAAUCUCUGUGCUUCCUGACCCCUUCCCCCUCCCCGAGAAACAGGGCUUUUGGCUGGACCCCGAUACUUGCCUUGGAGAUAUUGAGGUACUACAUGAUUUCAGGUGGUUGGAGAACUGUUCGGAAGGAGAUGUCCACUAGCCCCAGCCAGCUGACCCUGCUCUCACAACAUGCAGGUGACGGCAGAACUAUAAUAUGCUAGUAGCCUGGAUUCCUGAAUCACUGCCCGGAGGGAGCUGCUCUGAAUUGCUACCAAACCCACAGAGAGCCCAAGGGAUGGCUGCUGACAUGCAGAGGAAGAGAAGCAGCGAAGGCCCUGAUGGCACGUUGGCUCCUUCUGAUGGGCAGAGUGUGGAGAGAGCUGAGAGCCCCACACCAGGACUGGCCCAGGGAAUGGAGCCAGGUGCCGGACAGGAGGGUGCCAUGUUCGUCCAUGCCCGUUCCUAUGAGGACCUGACAGAAUCAGAGAAUGGGGUGGCUUCUGGGGAGAGCCCCAAGGAGGGUGCUGGUGGUCCUCCACCUCUGCCUACAGACAUGCGCCAGAUCAGCCAGGACUUCAGUGAGCUGAGCACCCAGCUGACAGGUGUCGCCCGAGACCUGCAGGAGGAGAUGCUUCCAGGAAGCUCUGAGGACUGGCCGGAGUCCCCAGGGGCAGCUGGGCGACCAGCCACAGAGCCCCCAAGAGAGGGCACUGGUGAAGGGGAUGAGGAGGAGACUGCUGAGGCAUGGCGCCUGCACCAGAAGCAUGUCUUCGUGCUGAGCGAGGCAGGGAAGCCUGUGUACUCCCGCUAUGGGUCAGAGGAGGCACUUUCCAGCACCAUGGGUGUCAUGGUGGCCCUGGUGUCCUUCCUGGAGGCUGACAAGAAUGCCAUCCGUUCCAUCCAUGCAGAUGGCUACAAGGUAGUAUUCGUGCGCCGGAGCCCACUGGUGCUGGUGGCGGUGGCCCGCACGCGGCAGUCGGCACAGGAACUGGCGCAAGAGUUGCUCUACAUCUACUACCAGAUCCUGAGCCUUCUUACGGGUGCGCAGCUGAGCCACAUCUUCCAGCAGAAGCAGAACUAUGACCUGCGGCGCCUGCUCUCGGGCUCUGAGCGCAUCACGGACAACCUGCUGCAGCUCAUGGCGCGAGACCCCAGUUUCCUGAUGGGGGCGGCGCGCUGCCUGCCCUUGGCGGCGGCCGUGCGCGACGUCGUGAGUGCCAGUCUGCAGCAGGCGCGCGCCCGCAGCCUCGUCUUCUCCAUCCUGCUGGCGCGCAACCAGCUCGUGGCGCUUGUGCGCCGCAAGGACCAAUUCCUGCACCCCAUCGACCUGCACCUGCUCUUCAACCUCAUAAGUUCCUCCUCGUCCUUCCGCGAGGGCGAGGCCUGGACGCCCGUGUGCCUGCCCAAAUUCAACGCAGCCGGCUUCUUCCACGCACACAUCUCGUACCUGGAGCCUGACACGGAUCUCUGCCUGCUGCUCGUCUCCACCGACCGUGAGGACUUCUUUGCAGUGUCUGACUGCCGCCGCCGCUUUCAGGAGCGCCUGCGAAAGCGCGGAGCACACCUGGCGCUGCGGGAGGCACUGCGCACACCUUACUACAGUGUUUCCCAAGUGGGCAUCCCUGACCUGCGCCACUUCCUCUAUAAGUCAAAGAGCUCGGGACUCUUCACCAGCCCUGAGAUCGAGGCCCCGUACACCAGUGAAGAGGAGCAGGAGCGGCUGCUGGGCCUCUACCAGUACCUGCACAGCCGCGCCCACAAUGCCUCCCGCCCACUCAAGACUAUCUACUACACGGGCCCCAACGAGAACCUCCUGGCUUGGGUGACAGGCGCCUUUGAGCUCUACAUGUGCUACAGCCCCCUGGGGACCAAGGCGUCGGCCGUCAGUGCCAUCCAUAAACUGAUGCGCUGGAUCCGCAAAGAAGAAGACCGCCUCUUCAUCCUCACGCCCCUCACAUACUGAUGAGAAUGUGUGUGGGCUCGGCCCUCCUAGGCACACCAGGCUGUGGAAGCCAUGGGAGCUUCCAGGUGGGGCUGGCCUCUGGCCCAGGCAGCAGGCAGGGACUGUCGGUUGGUGUGUGCAUUAAAGUGCUUUGGGGAAGACA